AUGAAGCUCUACCCGUCUCUGUCCGCCGACCUGGCAGCCUGGGCCCAGCGCCAGCCCGUCUUCUUCACCGGCUCGGCCGGCAAGCACGCCCGGCACAUCAACGUGUCGCCCAAGGGCAUGACGGACACGCACUUUGCCGUGCUGUCGCCCACGCGCUGCGCCUACAUCGACCGCACCGGGUCCGGGUGCGAGACGAUUGCGCACGCCUACGAGAACGGCCGCCUGUGCCUCAUGUUCAUGUCGUUUGGCGACGCGCCGCGCAUCAUGCGGCUCUUCUGCACCGCCCGCGUCGUCGAGUUCGACCACCGUGACUUCCAGGGCCUCGUGCGCGCCGUGGCCAGGGGCGGCCGCUCCGCCUUUGACGGGGCCCGUGCCGUCAUCGUCGCCGACAUCUGGGAGGUCCAGACGUCGUGCGGCUUCGGCGUGCCCCGGGUCAAGAGGGGGCUGUACAAGCCUGGCGAGGGGGCGGAUCGCGGCCCCUCGGCCGACGAGCUGCUGCGGCAGGGCUACAACGCCGAGGGCGGCGACGAGGCCAAGCUGGACGAGCUGUGUGUCUUUGAGGCGCGGCCGGCCAUGGACUACUGGGCCGGCAAGCAGGCCGAGGGCAACACCUUGAGGGACUACCAGAAGGCGAACAAUGUGGACAGCAUCGAUGGCCUGCCGGGGCUGAGGGCUAGUCGGAGGGAUGCCGGGGAGGUGUUGUGGGUGAGGGAUGCGAGGGCGUGGGCUGCCGGAGUUGCGAGGGACUGGGAGGCCAUGGCGGUUGGCUUCGUCGCUGCCGUCUUGAUGUAUCUGCUUGUCGGGGGGGUCAGGGCUUUGAGUCUUUGA